UCUGGACUUCCCACCAUAUAACCGUAAAAUGCCGCACAAACACAAACGCAGAGCAGGCGAUGCUCCAGACUUCGACCUCCCACCCACAUCUCGUGCUGCACCUCUUCCGGUCGGCAAGGGCAAGACUGCAAACACCAGCGCAAAGACGAAGAAGCGAAAGCUCGCACACGUCGAGGGCUACGGGCAGGAUGACACACCAAAAGCGUUCCAGCGGCUGAUGGCCUUCUCGCAAGCCGGCGUCGGCGCCAACAAAAAGCGCUCUGCGCUCGACGACGGCCUUGUGCUCUCCAAGAAGCAGAAGGCUGCCGCGAAGCGCGCCGCGCAGCAAGCCGCCAAUCCGGACGCCGACUCGGACGACGACAAGAAGCCCUCCAUGACCAAAGCCAACGCCACCGCCGCCGCAAAGCAGAUUCCCAAAAUCCAACCCGGCGAGUCCAUGGCCGAGUACAGCGCGCGCGUCGACGCCGCCCUGCCCCUCGCCGGCAUCGUCAAAACAGGCAAGAAACUCGCCGGCGCCCCCGACCACCGCGUGACGAAACACGAAAAGCGCCUCAAGAAGCUGCAAGCCGGAUGGCGCGAAGAAGAAGCGCGGAUCCGCGACAAAGAAGCCGAGGAAGCCGAACUCGCCGAGGAAGAGCGCGACGAACAGGCGCUGAUCUGGGAAGACAAGUCCGAGGAGCCCGCGCAGCCCGGCCUGCGCGCCAACGGCAAGAAGCCCAAGGCAGCGAAGCGGCAGAAGCUGGUGGGCGAGGUGGACGGCCACAGCGAGGACGAGUGGGAGGCGCUGGCGCGCAAGCGCGAGCAGCGCAAGGGCCUGCACGACGUGGUGUCUGCGCCGCCGACGUUCACCAAGGUGCCGCGCGAGAUCUUCAAGGUGAAGAACGGCGCCAAGGUGGUGGUGAACAACGUGCCCAAUGCGGUGGGCAGUCUGCGGAAGCGCGAGGAGUUGGGCGCUGAGCGCAAGACCAUCAUUGAUACGUAUAGGGAGCUUAUGGCGGCGAAGAAGCAGGACGCGAAUGCCAACGCGAACUCGAAAAGUAAGUCGUAGAGCAUAGGAUAUGAUACCCAGCACGCAAUGUCAAGUUUGAUAUACAAUGUUGAUGAUAUGUGCACCUUCAAUGCCCAGCAGUACGGCUACCUUGAGAUCUCUGGAGUUCGCUGCAAGCUACGC